CUACGUUUCCCGCCAACAUGGCAAAGAUGUCGGCGCUCGUGUCGUUUCCCGCCAAGCCCCCGCGGCAACCUCGACACGGCGGAGCGAAGUUUUUGUAUGGCGGUAUAAGAGACUUUUCUCCGCGGUUUCUCUGAACUCCUUCUUGGCUGGAAAUUACGGCGCGGAAGAUGGGGCAGUCGGACGAUGUCGAGGACUCGACGUACAGUCAGCACCAGGAUCUCUGCCAGAAGCUAAAUAUGGACGCGACCGCUGCGUCCGAGGCCUGGAAAUCCUACGAAACUAUCCGGCAGAACUACACUCUCGAGGGGGAUCAGUUGCAUUGGAUAGGAUGUGCGUUGUAUGUAGCUUGUAGAAAAUCCUCCACACCCACAGUUGGGAGAACAGGUGCUAAUGUAGAAGGCAAUUGUGUAUCGCUGACGCGUCUCCUGCAAUUGUGUAAUCUUCCAUUGAUACAGUUCUUUACAAAGAGCAAGUCAUGGGCGGAUAUGGCCAACAUGCCGCAAGACUUUCGUACCAAGAUACAAAAAUUAGAAGCAAAUUUCUCAGUGUCUAUGGUUAUAUUUAAAAAGUACCAACCAAUAUUUACCGAUAUAUUCAAGGAUCCAAAAGAAGAUAUCUCUAGACCGCCUAGAUCCAGAAGGCAUAGAGCGAUACCCUGCACGCCUACCAGAGUUUUUGAAUUCUGUUGGACGCUAUUUAUAUGUAUAAAAGGUGCAAUUCCUGAUAUCUCGGACGAUCUUGUUAAUUCUUACCAUCUUUUGUUGGUCUGCUGUGAUCUUAUAUAUAGUAAUGCUCUAUUAUCUAACAGAAAAGAUUUAUUGAAUCCAAACUUUCCUGGCUUACCAGCAAAUUUCAAUGAUGAAAAUUAUAUUCCACCACAAACAGCAAACUGCAUUAUUAGUUUGUUGUGCGAACGUCAUGAAGCAAUAGCUGUCGAAGCUAAAGUUAUAAAGGAGUAUUGCAUGAAAAAUUAUAUCAACAAACUGUUUAAUGAGAGAAUCCUACGUGGUGAUCAAUCAAACUUUUCUGGUAUAUUAGAAGCAUUGAAUUUUGAUGGCAAUAGUAAAGCUGUUAACAAAGCUUAUGAGCAGCGUGUGUUGAGUGUUGGAGACUUUGAUGAAAGAAUUUUCUUAGCGGAUUGGAGAAGAGUAAAUUUGAGCAACAUAUCAAAUUUGGAUAUAUCUGGCCAAGACACUAGUAAGCAUGACCAGUUUGCUAAAAACGUAAUCUUAAAAGGCCACGAUGCUAGUGAAAACAUUGGUUCCCCUACGCAAAUAAAUAUUGACGAUUUUCAUGAAAGAUUGCAAAUGAAAAGGGAACAGCAUGCUGGGCAUAUACAGUAUCUAGCACCUCCUACACCAUUGACUGGCCGUAAAUAUCUUCGAUCAAAAGAUAUGUCUAAUAUAACACCAGUGACAACAGCGACUCAAAGUGUCAUCAAGUUGCAAGCUCUGAUAGCUGGUCAAUCUACUCCAAGUGAAGGUCUAUUACAAAUGCUGAGCAAUUGUUCUCAAGAUGUUAAAUCUUCAGUCGAGGCAAAAGUUAAACAGAUUGGUGAACAAUUUUGUGCAAAUUAUAAUAACAAUGUAAAUGAUGGUUCGACAUCCGAUUUUGGAAAAAAGCGUUUUGUCAUGGGACAAACCUUAUUUUACAAAUUAUUAGAAAUGAUUUUAAAUGACGAAAAGCGUAAAAAACCGAAUGACGAUAUAACUAAUCUUCUUUUGAAUGAAGUCUUCAUUCAGUGCCUGUUUGCCUGCUGUCUCGAGAUAGUUAUUUAUUCUUACAAGAGUAACGAUAAAAUAUUUCCAUGGAUAUUAAAGGCUUUAAAUCUAGAUGCAUACUAUUUUUAUAAGGUUAUAGAAAUUAUAGUAAGAGCUGAAGAUCAAUUGUCACGAGAUGUUGUCAAGCAUUUGAAUCAGAUCGAGGAAAAGAUUCUAGAGUCUCUGGCUUGGCGAAGCGACAGUCCUCUCUGGCAAACAAUAGAAUCCUUGCCUGACGGUGUGCCGAGCUGCGAGGAAGUUUCCUUACCUGGCACCUUGGAAACCGUCGAUCCAAAUACUCCUGGCCAACCUGUAUUAAGACGGAUUGCUCUAGAUCGGGAUCGUACUCAUCAUGACGUUCAACAAAGUCCGAUUUCGUCUGCUUCAGAAAGAUUUCAGUCUCCUAUCGCAGCAUCUGGUAUAGCAAAGAAGCGAUUAUUCCCCGAGACUAGAGUUACCGGUCAAAGUGUUCUAAGAGUCGGGCAAAGUGUAUUAUCUUCCAAUAGAGGAAUGUUAAUAGAUAACCAAAGAAUACUUUUGGUUGAUCAAGUUGCUGUAUCGAGAACACCAGGCACGCAAGCAUCGAAUAAUUCUACUAUACAAGCUAUACAAGGAACGAAUAGAGAGACUACAGCUAGACCGAGGAGAACAGGUUCUGUAGCGUUAUUCUUUCGAAAGUUUUACAAUCUUGCAUGCGUUCGCAUGCAAGAUUUGUGCAAUUCGUUAGAGAUAUCAGACACUGAUAAAAAGAAGAUAUGGACAAUUUUUGAAUAUUCCAUCAAAGAACGUACUGAACUAAUGAAGGAUCGACAUCUCGAUCAAAUCUUAAUGUGUGCAAUUUAUGUGAUAUGUAAACUCGUAAAGAUGGAAAAGAACUCAUUUACCGAAAUCAUGCGUUGUUAUCGUCUGCAACCGCAGGCAGAGUCACAUAUAUAUAGAUCGGUGCUUAUAAAAAAAAUUACCAAUGACGCAGACUCGACGGCAAGCAGUAAUAAUGAAAGACCGGAGGAUAAUAGUAAUUUAGUAGAGAACAUAACUCCGCCGACUCCGACAAAUAUGGCUGGGACAUCGCAAAACUUUGACGGAGAGGAACGAGGCGAUCUAAUCAAAUUUUACAACACAGUAUAUGUGCCACAGGUCAAAGAAUACGCGAAUAAAUUUGGAUCAGCUCGCGGUAACGUCAUGAAUCUCUCAUUGAGUCCUCUACCAAAAGGAAAAGCGCCCGCUAACUCUCCAGUGAGGCGUGUUACCAGUAGUAUUAUGACACGUACCCUAGAUCCGAAGGCUAUUAGUGCAUCACCGGCACCACAAUUAAGUUAUUGCUUCAGCCGUAGUCCUGCCAAGGAUUUAGAAGCUAUUAAUAAGAUGAUGAUAUCUGUAGAUGCGAAAAAGAGCGUAGGAAAGCGAUUACUUUCCGAUGAUACAGAUGUAGAAAUGACGGAAGGUACAUCUCCUAAAAAAACUGCGACCUUUGUCGCGCGAAAAUUAGAAAAUAUCAUUGGGGAACGACGAACGCAAAAUCAAUAAGCGGAAUGUGGUAAAAUAAUAAUAUUAAUCAUAACUUACAAGGAUAAAAAGCUUGUUUGAUCUGCUUAUUUACACACUUGAAUUAGUUCACAAAAAGCAAAGAAAUCUACCUACACAAAGCAGAUAAGAAAUCUAAUUUUUUGUUUAUGUAACGUAAAUGUAAAUCAGAUAUUGCUUCUCAGGUCAUUCUAGCAAAUAUUGGAACUCAUAAAAUAUCGUUCACAUUAUAUAUGAAUGCUAUAAUGUUGUUUGUAAUUUUAUUUAAUGUAAAAAAAGUCAGAAUUCAAUUUCCAGUAUUGUUGGGGUUGACUUUUUUCUGUCGAAGGAAAAAAACUCCCUCUCGCGUCCCCCUCGGACUUUGCCACUCGAAUUUUGGGGAUCCGCUUCCGCAAAAUUUUCCGGGGUUUGGGGUUGACUCUUAUCAAAGUAAAUUUUUCUUUCUUUCUCUUUUCAUUUUUUUAAAUCUUAUUUUAUAACUUCCUAAAUUAAAUUGUCUUUCAAGUCGUAUAAUACACUGGAAUAUGGAAUACAAAAAUAUGUAAAAGAUAAACUAGAAAAUAUGCAUAACUGCACUUGCUACAUGUUUUCAUUAACAUACUCUUUUAGAAUUAAUUGAAAACACAAACAUCAUGAUUUUUUGAAUUUGCCUAUUGUUACUUUUUGAUCAUGAUUGUUACAUAAAAUUAUAUUUGUGAUAAAGUUACAAAAUCGACAUUCACACACAUGCACACACCUAUGUAGUGAUAAUUAGUGUAUAUAAAACUACUGAUAAUUCUAUAAUAGCCAAUGAUUUUAUAUAAUCACCAAAUCAAUCAUUUUUUCAGGA